UCCUAAUUCUUUACUAACUUGUCACCACCUAACGUGCCUGCAACAUCAAGAUAAACAUAAAAGAUAGUCUAGAAGCCUCUUCAAAUAGUUUGAAUAUUUCUACUGGUUUUACAGUACUCUGGGCACCCUAUUCCUGAAUCCAAGCAGCAACUUAUUGUGGGCAUUGAGAAAGGUUUGUGUAUAUACAUUUAGGAAGAGAGUAUCAUGGCUCGAACUGUAGGCAGGACUUUGGGAGGACCUCUGCUGAUACUGAACUUUAUAAUGUAUGUCAUAGUGCUUGCUCUUGCUGGGUGGGCACUCAACAAGUUCAUCAAUAUGGAAGCUCAUCCUUAUUUAGCAGGCAACACUGCGACUAUGUACUUCAUAAUAUUUUCCCUGAUUGCUGGAACCGUGGGAGCUGCUUCAACGUUAUCUGGCUCAUAUCACUUGAGAGCAUGGAGGACUGAUAGCUUGUCAGCUGCAGCUUCUUCUGCCCUCAUUGCUUGGGUUUUGACAGCUUUGGCAUUUGGGUUGGCUUGCAAAGAAAUACACAUUGGACAUAGAGGAAGGCGCCUGAAAACAUUGGAGGCAUUUAUCAUCAUCCUGACAUUCACCCAACUGAUGUAUUUGCUGUUACUCCAUGCCGGGCUAGUGAGCAGCAGAUAUGGGCCAGGCUAUAGAGAUUCAGGCUAUGGUGGAACAACUACUGACCCACAAAUGAAGCCUGCAGCACCUGUAGUCUGAUUGCUCUCCGUGACAUUUUAUUUUUCUGUGCAUUUGGUUUGAGUGGUCUUCUUUUCUUAGUAUGUAGUGCAGCAAAGGUGUAUAUAUUUGUGGAUUUUCUAGAACAUAAAAGGCACCUUCAGUACGCAAUUUAUUAGGAAGCGUGUAUGUAUGUGGAUUUCAUAUAAAUUGUUCAUGUAUUAUGUAGCUUCUCUAACUUUCUAUUCUUAUCAUAUGUUAUUCAUCUGGUUUGAGAAAAAAUGGCUUCCAAAGCUUUUAAACUA